UCACACACACACACACACACAUACACAUACACAGGCAGGCAGACAGGCAGACAGACACGGUGCCGCUGCUGCUCACACACACUGGCCCGGCCCCUCGGACGUUUGCCUGAACGCGGAGGAUAUUCCACCGGGCGAGCAGCGGGACUGUCCGUCCGUCCGUCCGCCACCACAACGUGCACCUUCCCCCGGGCGGACCUGCGUGAAAUGCCCCAGCACAGGAUCUGACGCUGUGAAGAUCAGCAGACAUCCAAGGCUGCGUUUCCCUCGUCAAUAAGGUGUAGCCGCAGCCCCCGACCACACCGCCCGCCAAGAUGGUGGCGUUGUCGUUGAAAAUCUGCGUUCGCCAAUGCAACGUUGUGAAAACGAUGCAGUUCGAGCCGUCCACAGCCGUGUACGAUGCCUGUAGGAUCAUCAGAGAGAGAGUCCCCGAGGCUCAGACCGGACAAGCGUCAGACUAUGGCCUGUUUCUGUCUGAUGAAGACCCCAGGAAGGGCAUCUGGCUGGAGUCUGGGAGGACCCUGGACUACUACAUGCUCCGCAAUGGGGAUAUCCUUGAAUAUAAGAAGAAGCAGAGGCCCCAGAAAAUCAAAAUGUUGGACGGGGCCGUGAAAACCAUCAUGGUGGACGAUUCCAAAACAGUGGGGGAGCUUCUUGUGACUAUUUGCAGUCGAAUAGGCAUCACCAACUAUGAAGAGUACUCUGUGAUCCAGGAGACGCUGGAGGAGAAGAAGGAGGAUGGGAUGGGCACACUGAAGAAAGACAGGACAUUGCUGCGGGACGAGAGGAAGAUGGAGAAGCUGAAAGCCAAACUGCACACAGACGACGACUUGAACUGGCUGGACCACAGCAGGACGUUCAGGGAGCAGGGGGUCGACGAGAACGAGACGCUGUUGCUCCGCCGCAAGUUCUUCUACUCGGACCAGAAUGUGGACUCCCGGGACCCGGUGCAACUCAACCUGCUUUAUGUGCAGGCUCGAGAUGACAUCCUCAACGGUUCUCACCCUGUGUCGUUCGACAAGGCCUGUGAGUUCGGAGGGAUUCAGGCCCAGAUCCAGUUUGGACCUCACAUAGAGCACAAACACAAACCUGGAUUCCUAGAUCUGAAGGAGUUUCUACCCAAAGAAUACAUCAAGCAGAGAGGAGCGGAGAAGAAAAUAUUCCAGGAGCACAACAACUGUGGCGAAAUGACAGAGAUCGAAGCAAAAGUCAAAUAUGUCAAACUGGCGCGAUCUCUGCGGACAUACGGCGUCUCCUUCUUCCUGGUUAAGGAAAAGAUGAAGAGCAAGAACAAGCUGGUGCCGCGGCUCCUGGGGAUCACCAAAGAGUCUGUGAUGAGAGUGGAGGAGAAGAGCAAAGAUGUGGUUCAGGAGUGGCCACUUACCACUGUGAAGAGGUGGGCGGCGUCGCCCAAGAGCUUCACCCUGGACUUUGGGGAGUACCAGGAGAGCUACUACUCGGUGCAGACCACUGAAGGGGAGCAGAUCUCCCAGCUCAUUGCCGGUUACAUCGAUAUCAUCCUCAAAAAGAAGCAAAGCAAAGACCGCUUUGGAUUGGAAGGCGACGAGGAGUCGACCAUGCUCGAAGAAUCCGUAUCCCCGAAAAAGUCCACCAUCCUCCAGCAGCAGUUUAACCGCGUGGGCCGGGUGGAGCACGGCUCCGUGGCGCUGCCGGGGGUGAUCCGCUCGGGCUCCAUCGGCACCGAGUCACUCAGCAUGGGCACCAUGCCAUCUCCCCAACAGCAGAUCACUAUGGGUCAGAUGCACCGUGGACACAUGCCACCACUAAGCUCAGCACAGCAGGCUCUGAUGGGAACCAUCAACACCAGUAUGCAAGCUGUGCAGAAAGCCCAGAUUGACCUGGGAGAGGUCGACAAUCUGCCGCCACUGGGACAAGACAUGGCUUCCAAGAUGUGGAUCCAGAACAAGAUGGACGAAUCAAAACACGAGAUCCACUCGCAGGUUGACGCCAUCACCGCAGGAACAGCGUCCGUGGUCAACCUCACCGCUGGCGAUCCCACCGACACAGACUACACAGCCGUGGGCUGCGCCAUCACCACCAUCUCCUCCAACCUGACUGAGAUGUCGAAGGGUGUGAAGCUGCUGGCUGCGCUGAUGGAGGACGACGUGGGAGGAGGAAGCGACCUGAUGAAGGCUGCUCGGACGCUGGCGGGGGCCGUGUCUGACCUGCUGGUGGCCGUGGAGCCGGCCUCUGGAGAGCCCAGGCAGACAGUGCUGACAGCGGCAGGCAGCAUCGGCCAGGCCAGCGGAGACCUCCUGCGCCACAUUGGAGAGAGUGAGACGGACGAAAGGUUCCAGGACAUCCUGAUGAAUCUGGCCAAAGCAGUGGCCAACGCUGCAGCGAUGCUGGUGCUCAAGGCCAAGAACGUGGCCCAGGUUGCGGAGGACACGGUGCUGCAGAACCGCGUCAUCGCCGCCGCCACCCAGUGCGCCCUGUCCACCUCCCAGCUCGUGGCCUGUGCCAAGGUGGUGAGUCCCACCAUCAGUUCCCCAGUUUGCCAGGAGCAGUUAAUUGAAGCGGGCAAGCUGGUGGAUCGCUCAGUGGAAAGCUGCGUCCAGGCCUGUCUCUCAGCCACGGAAGAUGGCGAGCUCCUUAAACAGGUGAGCGCGGCAGCCAGCGUGGUGAGUCAGGCCCUGGGGGAUCUCCUGCAGCACGUCCGCCAGUACACCUCGAGGGGAGAGCCGAUCGGGCGCUACGACCAGGCCACGGACACCAUCAUGACGGUCACCGAGAGCAUCUUCUGCUCCAUGGGAGACGCGGGAGAGAUGGUCCGCCAGGCUCGGGUCUUGGCUCAGGCCACGUCGGAUCUGGUGAACGCCAUGAGGUCGGACGCCGAGGCCGAGGUGGAUGUUGACAAUUCCAAAAAGUUGCUGGCAGCUGCUAAACUGUUGGCUGACGCCACUGCGCGGAUGGUGGAGGCAGCAAAGGGGGCUGCGGCAUACCCAGAGAACGAGGACCAGCAGCAGAGACUGAGGGAGGCAGCGGAGGGUCUGCGUGUCGCCACCAACGCCGCUGCCCAGAACGCCAUUAAGAAGAAACUGAUCAACAGGCUGGAGAAUGCUGCUAAACAAGCUGCGGCCGCGGCCACGCAGACCAUCGCUGCUGCUCAAAAUGCUGCCGCAUCCAACAAGAACACUGCCGCUCACCAGCAGCUGGUGCAGAGCUGCAAGGCAGUGGCGGACCACAUCCCACAGCUCGUCCAAGGAGUGCGUGGGAGUCAGGCCAAACCAGAGGACCUCAGUGCACAACUGGCCCUCAUCAUCGCCAGUCAGAACUUCUUACAGCCCGGCAGUAAGAUGGUGACCUCUGCCAAGUCAUCUGUUCCCACAGUGACGGAUCAGGCUGCUGCCAUGCAACUGGGUCAGUGUGCUAAGAACCUGGCUACCUGCCUGGCUGAGCUGAGGACGUCCGCACAGAAGGCUCAUGAAGCUUGCGGCCCGAUGGAGAUCGACUCUGCUCUCACUGCCAUCCAGACCCUGAGGAGUGAGCUGCAAGAUGCCAAACUGGCUGCUGUCAAUGACCAACUGAAGCCACUACCCGGAGAAACGUUGGAGAAGUGUGCUCAGGAUCUGGGCAGCACCUCCAAGUCAGUGGGAUCCUCCAUGGCUCAGCUCCUCACCUGUGCUGCACAAGGAAACGAACACUACACAGGAAUAGCAGCCAGGGAGACGGCCCAGGCCCUGAAAACACUGGCGCAGGCGGCCCGUGGCGUCGCCGCGUCCACCACAGACCCCAAGGCCGCAGCCGCCAUGCUGGACUCUGCCCGUGAUGUUAUGGAGGGCUCUGCGCUGCUCAUUCACGAGGCCAAGCAGGCACUGGUUGCCCCCGGAGAUGCCGAGAGCCAGCAGAGGCUGGCACAGGUGGCCAAGGCGGUUUCUCAUUCACUGAAUAACUGCGUCAACUGUCUGCCUGGCCAGAAGGACGUGGACAUGGCUUUGAAAAGCAUCGGGGAGGCCAGCAAGAAGCUGCUGAUUGAAACAAUCCCCCCGGCCUCCAAGUCAUUCCAGGAGGCCCAGAGUGAUUUGAACCAAACGGCAGCAGACCUGAACCAGUCGGCAGGCGAGGUGGUCCACGCCUCCAGGGGCUCCAGCACCCAGCUGGCAGUGGCCUCUGGGAAGUUCAGCGAAGACUUCGAUGAGUUCCUGGACGCUGGAAUCGAGAUGGCUGGGCACACUCAGAAAAAGGAUGACCAGGUGCAGGUGAUCGGGAACCUGAAGAACAUCUCCAUGGCUUCCAGCAAGCUGCUGCUGGCUGCUAAGAGUCUGUCUGUGGACCCGGCAGCGGCGAAUGCCAAGAACCUGCUAGCUGCUGCUGCAAGAGCAGUGACUGACAGCAUUAACCAGCUGAUUACACUGUGCACACAGCAGGCUCCUGGUCAGAACGAGUGCGACAACGCCCUCAGAGAGCUGGAGGCUGUCAGAGGAAUGCUGGACAACCCCAACGAGCCGGUCAGUGACCUCUCCUACUUUGACUGCAUUGAAAGUGUGAUGGAGAACUCCAAGGUCCUCGGAGAGUCCAUGGCAGGUAUUUCUCAGAACUGUAAGACCGGUGACGUGUCUUCAUUCGGAGACUGUGUGGGAUCAGCCUCAAAGGCUCUGUGUGGCCUCACUGAAGCUGCGGGACAGGCCUCCUACCUGGUGGGUGUGUCUGAUCCCAACAGUCAGGCCGGACACCAGGGGCUGGUGGACCCCAUCCAGUUUGCCAAAGCCAAUCAGGCAAUCCAGAUGGCCUGUCAGAAUCUUGUUGACCCAGACAGCAGUCCCUCCCAGGUGCUCUCUGCAGCGACCAUUGUCGCUAAGCACACUUCCUCGCUGUGCAACGCCUGCCGCCUGGCUUCCGCCAAGACGACCAAUCCCGUUGCCAAGAGGCACUUUGUGCAGUCGGCCAAAGAGGUGGCGAACAGCACGGCCAACCUGGUCAAAACCAUCAAGGCCUUAGAUGGCGAUUUCUCAGACGAGAACAGGAACAAGUGUCGAGGCGCCACAGCUCCGCUCAUCGAGGCUGUGGAAAACCUGACAAUAUUUGCUUCCAACCCAGAGUUUGCCAGCAUCCCAGCCCAAAUCAGCUACGAGGGUUCUACUGCACAGGAGCCCAUCCUCCAGUCGGCACGCUCGAUGCUCGACAGCUCCACCUACCUGCUCAAGACUGCGCGCUCACUGGUCAUCAACCCCAAAGACCCGCCCACCUGGUCCGUUCUGGCCGGUCACUCUCGCACCGUCUCCGACUCCAUCAAGAGUCUCAUCACAGCCAUCCGGGACAAGGCCCCAGGCCAGCGGGAGUGCGACUCGUCAAUUGAUAACAUUAACAAAUGUAUCCGGGACAUUGAGCAGGCCUCUCUGGCGGCGGUCAGCCAGGACUUACCCAGCAGAGACGACAUCUCACUGGAAGCGCUUCAAGAGCAGCUGACGUCCACUGUGCAGGAAAUUGGCCACCUAAUUGACCCCGUUUCCACGGCUGCCAGAGGCGAAGCCUCCCAACUAGGACACAAGGUGACCCAACUGGCCGGUUACUUUGAACCGCUGAUCAAGGCGUCCGUGGGUGUGGCGUCCAAGCUGAGGGUCCACCAGCAGCAGAUGACUUUCCUGGACCAGACUAAGACCAUGGCUGAGUCCGCUCUGCAGAUGCUCUACGCCGCCAAGGAGGGAGGAGGAAACCCAAAGGCAUCCCAUACCCACGAUGCCAUAGCAGAGGCCGCCCAGCUCAUGAAGGAGGCGGUCGAUGACAUCAUGGUGACACUCAAUGAGGCCGCCAGUGAAGUGGGAAUGGUGGGAGGAAUGGUGGAGUCCAUCGCAGAGGCCAUGGCCAAGCUGGAUGAAGGUACUCCGACUGAACCGGAGGGCUCAUUUGUGGAUUACCAGACCGGUAUGGUGAAGUACUCCAAGGCUAUUGCUGUCACUGCUCAGGAAAUGAUGACCAAAUCGGUGACAUGUCCAGACGAGCUGGGAGCGCUGGCCUCCCAGGUGACCGUGGACUACAGCCAGCUGGCCGUCCAGGGUCGACUGGCUGCCCACACAGCCGAGCCGGAGGAGAUCGGGUUCCAGAUCAAGAAUCGGGUGCAGGACCUCGGACAUGGCUGUAUCUUCCUGGUCCAGAAGGCCGGGGCUCUGCAGAUCAUCCCCUCAGACAGCUUCACAAAACGAGAACUCAUCGACUGCGCCCGUGCGGUCACGGAGAAGGUGUCCCUGGUGCUCUCGGCCCUCCAGGCGGGCAACAAGGGCACACAAGCCUGCAUCACAGCAGCCAGUGCAGUGUCUGGCAUCAUUGCCGAUCUGGACACCACCAUCAUGUUUGCCUCCGCCGGCACGCUCAACGCAGAGAAUGACGAGUCGUUCGCUGACCACAGGGAAAACAUUUUGAAGACGGCCAAAGCUCUGGUCGAGGACACAAAGAUGCUGGUCUCCGGUGCAGCUUCUGGUCAGGACAGGUUGUCGCAGGCCGCCCAGUCUUCUGCUAAAACCAUUACCCAGCUCACAGAUGUGGUCAAACUGGGAGCCGCCAGCAUCGGCUCGGAUGACCCUGAGACGCAGGUGGUUCUGAUAAACGCUGUCAAAGAUGUGGCCAAGGCGCUGUCUGAGCUCAUUAGCGCCACCAAGUGUGCUGCCGGCAAAGCAGCAGAUGAUCCAUCUAUGUACCAACUGAAGAGCGCUGCCAAGGUGAUGGUGACCAAUGUCACGUCUCUGCUGAAGACGGUCAAGGCUGUGGAGGACGAGGCCACGCGGGGCACCAGAGCCCUAGAGGCCACGAUCGAGUGUAUCAAACAGGAACUGGCGGUGUUUCAAUCCAAGGAUGCCCCCAGCAAGACGACCACACCCGAGGAGUUCAUUCGCAUGACUAAAGGCAUCACCAUGGCAACUGCCAAAGCAGUGGCUGCAGGGAACUCGGCCCGGCAGGAGGACAUCAUCCACACAGCCAACCUCAGCCGCAAAGCCAUUUCAGACAUGCUCACCACCUGCAAGCAAGCGGCCUACCACCCAGAGGUCAGUGAGGAGGUGAAGAAACGAGCACUGAUGUUCGGAUUCGAGUGUACGACUGGAUACAUCGAACUGCUAGAACAAGUACUCAUGGUCCUGCAGAAGCCCAUUGCAGAGCAGAAGCAGCAUCUGGCGGCCUGUUCCAAACGAGUGGCAGGCGCCGUCACAGAGCUCAUCCAAACCGCCGAAGCCAUGAAAGACGGAGGUUCAGAGUGGGUUGACCCUGAAGACCCGACGGUGAUCGCAGAGACGGAGCUGCUCGGAGCGGCAGCAUCCAUCGAAGCAGCAGCUAAGAAGCUGGAGCAGCUCAAACCCCGGGCCAAGCCCAAGCAAGCAGACGAGACGCUGAACUUUGAGGAGCAGAUCCUAGAGGCAGCCAAGUCCAUCGCCGCAGCCACCAGCGCUUUGGUCAAGUCGGCCUCGGCUGCUCAGAGAGAGCUGGUGGCUCAGGGCAAAGUGGGCCUCAUCCCUGCCAAUGCUGUGGACGACGGACAGUGGUCGCAGGGACUGAUCUCUGCAGCACGUAUGGUAGCAGCAGCGACCAGCAACCUGUGCGAAGCGGCCAACGCCUCAGUGCAGGGCCACGCCAGCGAGGAGAAGCUCAUCUCUUCAGCCAAGCAGGUGGCGGCGUCCACUGCCCAGCUGCUGGUGGCCUGUAAGGUGAAGGCGGACCAGGACUCGGAGGCCAUGAGGAGGCUUCAGAUUGCUGGCAAUGCUGUGAAGAAGGCGUCGGACAACUUGGUGCGGGCAGCCCAGAAGGCAGCUUUCGAUAAAGCAGAUGAGGACAAUGUGGUUGUCAAGACAAAGUUUGUGGGUGGAAUAGCACAGAUUAUCGCAGCGCAGGAGGAGAUGCUGAGGAAGGAGAGGGAGCUGGAGGAAGCCAGGAAGAAACUGGCUCAGAUCAGGCAGCAGCAGUACAAGUUCCUGCCCAGCGAACUACGAGAGGACAGCAACUAAUGAUUCGACCUGGCCAUCACUGCUGCGUGCACUAAAUGCAGCGCGAGGAGCACAUACGUCGCGUGUCCGUGUGCAGUGGAAGUUGUGUUCUUUUUAGUGGCGAGCUUGGACAGGUACGUGGCCCCACAGCGACCUCAGACACGCUGUGACCGGUGUACCACACCCGAGUCCACAUACUGUAACAUGGAAACAUCUUAAAGUCGUCUACGAGCAGGUUUGAAAGACUGUUGUGUGAAGGUGACUCCUCUCUGAAUACAACAUAACGAUUGUGGUGAUUUGCCUGAAGAACUGCUUUUGGUCCUCAUGUUUAAAAUAACCGCUUACACUGAUGUGAUCUGAACCAGAAUGUGACAUGCUGAGGACAGACGGUGCAGCACGUACGCUCUCAUGUUUGUCCAUAAGCUGCCGUUUCUUUAUUUUGUUUUACAAUGUUCAGCUGUAGUCCGUACACUUUUUUUUAAGAUGAUGAACUGAUUGUAUUGCCGCUCAUGUCACAUGCAGCCGAUAACAACUGCGCCGUCACUCGCAGAGCAAAAAGAGUUCCCCUCGGUACGCUGAUGUUUUUUGAAUGUUGGCCUUAAUGCUCCAAUUUGGCACCUUUAAUAUCUGUUCAAUUCAUGUAAAAUCACACGACCUUGGUGUGUCUUGACUUUUAAUUCAGUGAUCAUUAACCAUGAUAUUUUGCUUAUUGGCGAUUUGGAUCACACUGUACAUUUCAAUGAUUGGGAGCUACUUGCUGAUAUUGAUGGGCUUUACAUGCUCAACGUCUUUUCUUUUUAACAUGCAACAAAUUGUCCAUGUUUGUGUCUGUGCCCGUGAAUAUACGUGUCAUCAUGUGACUCGGGGAGAAUCAUGUGAAAGCUUUUCCACACUGGACGACAUAUGACCAUAGAAGGAAUAUUUAUUACUCCUCUGAGUAUUUUUAGCAGAGAUGGGUCUUUCUGGGGGCAGAAAUAGUCUCACUUAUUCACAACCUCUAGCAGAACCUGAAUUGGCCUCCUGUCUGAUUAUUUAACCCGAUCCUGUAAACAUUUUUUUUAUUCCUCAUCAUGCCAGGAGUUAAGACGUCCACACAGUAAAGACAGAAUUUGAUCAUGAUGCAAUAACGUGGAUGGUGCUUAAGGGGGCAGUAUUGUUUUCCCUUACACACUAAGUAAUAAUAUAGGAGAAGAUAUUGUUUACUGAGUGAUUAUUUUACUUUUUAAGUAUAGAGUAUGUGUUUAGAGUAAUCGGCUACAACUUCAUGCAAAUGAAGAAAACCUGUAAAUACCUCAGACAUCUUGAAACAGUUGAAUGCCGUGCACUGCUGCUUCUAUGCGCCAUGUUCUUUGUCUGAUGGUGACUACACCCAGCGGAAAUCUUUGUCCCGUCCCUCCGUUAUUUUCCCUCCCAUUGUUAGAAAAUCUUUAUAGUCAUUAGAUUCAUUUUCCCCCAGCAAUACUGAAUCACUGCCAGGGAUCGAUCAGAGUCAAUUCACCUCCAAUUCUGUGAAUUCAAGUCAAAAUUGAAAAUGAAAAUAUAGCGGCAAUAAACCAAUUCUAACUAAUAAAUCUUGUAAGAAUUGAAGUUAAAAUAAGUGAAUUGAAAGUGAAGUGACUGCAACACUAAUCACUGCAGUUAAUCUUUGUCCUUUCUUUAUUUCAUUUGUCCGUCACUCUCUGAAUUUAAGGGUGCUCUGUGUGACUUCACUAAAUAUACUACUUGCUGCAAUGGAAUAACCUUUUUUUUUUGAUUUACCGAGUUUGAUUGUAGUGUGUUUGGUUCCCUUGUCUUACUAUAUGGGCUGUGUUUCAAUAUUAAAGGAAAGUAUAUUGUAUUGUAAGAUUAGGUCCCGCUGUGAAAAUGCAUGGCUUUGUACUUCAGGUGCAUCUCUCUCUCUUGUUUAUUUUUUUUAUACAGCAGCAGCGUCAAACUUUUAAGGACGCACUGAGUGAUUCUGACCUCCGUGCAGAGACACUAUACCAUGUCAAGCAGCUAACGACUUCUGGCUUUGUGUUUAGUGUUGUGAGUGUAGGAGGGGAGGGGUGGGGGUGUGGGGUGCUGCCUACUCAUCAGUCAAAUCUGUAGUGUUUUUUAUGAUUAGUGCCUUAGUACGUAGCCCAUACAGUGUCUGGUCUGCUCGAGUGACAGCCUCACCUCAUCUGGUCAAUAGAAGGUACAGGACAAGCAAUUUGUUGGGGAACGUAGGUUCAUGUCCGUGAGUCGUCUCAACUUCUUCGUCCCCUUGUGAACGUACUGUUCCUCUUAAGUGUUGAACCAAGUGCAUCCCCUUUAUCUUGAUCUUUUUUCCCUCUGCCACUUAGAAGGCCUUUUGGGAGGAGGACAGAGGAAGUGUCCACUGGCAAAAAAAAUGUUUUCAUGUAUGUGUGUAUAUAUAUACAUGAAAACAUGUUUGUACUGCGUUCCAUGGACAGGUACCACAGUGCUUCUAAACUACUGCAGACUCGGGUCUGUCAACUGCUUCAUUGUUUGUUAAGAAGUCACUAAUGGGCUUUUUUUUCCAUGUGCUCUCUAGCCUCUAUGAAAGAUAAAUGUGAUAAGAGCAUUUCGAUAUAUAUCUGUCACCAUGAGAUGAUGUUGUGACGCAAUUCACUGACGUGGAGUAUUUCAAGUGUUCUGUACGUUCUCUCUCCCCUUAACAGACAUGAAGUAAAGACAAUUAACAUAAGUGAUAACCUACAAUAUAAAAAGAUAUUUAUCUGGCCUCAAUAAAAUUAUUUUUUGUAUACACUGAAAAUAAAGCAUUUCGAUGGAAA